UGACGCUCGAACCUAGACCGGCCAAUGGCUGGCCAGAAGAGGCCUGACGAGCUCCGCCCAGGGCCUGAUCAGCUGAGGGCUGGCAAUGUAUGUUGACAGCAGCUGCCUCAGCGGCAGGACUCUGGCAUGUAAAUCCAGAUGGAGCACUCGGAAGUCAGAGGACAAAUACAGCAGCAAAGGAAGCCUUGGGGAAAGCUGAUCCGUUUGGGGGCCGAGGAAGCCGAGCCUCACCUCUUGUUGCUGAAGAAAGAGUGGACAAUUGGGAGGAAAAAAGGUUGCGACCUGUCCUUUCCUGGCAACAAACUGGUAUCCGGAGAUCACUGUAAAAUAAGGGUGGAUGAAGAAUCUGGUCAAGUAUCACUGGAGGAUACCAGCACUAAUGGAACGGUUAUUAACAAACAGAAGGUGGUGAAGAAGCAGACUUGCCCAUUACAGACUGGAGAUGUGAUCUAUGUAAUUUACAGGAAAAAUGAGCCAGAAAACAAUGUUGCAUAUCUUUAUGAAUCCUUGAAUCCAAAACAGGACCCAGCUAAUGAGCCAGUAGAAGCCACUGUCAAAAGCAUGUGCCAUAUGACCAAAGAUACCUCAAGUACCAGACAAAGCGAAGAUGGGACCUCAGCGGCAUUGCCACCGUCGGCUAACCAGGCUAGCUAUGACGAACCACAGCCAUCCACUUCCACGUCGAACCUCUUUAAUGCUGCUUCUACCUCUCUCGCUGAGUCCAUAUCCACGGAGCAGGAUAAUCCCUCAACAUCUGGGUCGCAACUGUACACCUUUAUUCCUCCACCUUCCCUGCCUGGCUUAGAACCAUGUGGUCCAGAAGCAUCACUUAAACACAAGCAGCCAAAUGUAAAUACUGAAACUUCUGACACUUCUUCAGGGGAUAAAGAGAAAACCGUGUCGGCUAUGCCCAAGUUGAAAAGCAGGGAUGAAGAGGAAGCCCUGGAGCCUGCCAGGAAGAAAAUAAAAGCAGGUGGCGACGCCAGCACGUAUCUCCAGGUGAUUCCUCCAAACGAAUGUGCAAUUAAAACGGGGACCGAACACACAAAGUCACCAAAUGUGAAGCCAGACAAAAUGGAAGAAACACUCACCUGCAUCAUCUGCCAAGAGCUGCUGCAUGACUGUGUCAGCUUGCAGCCCUGCAUGCACACUUUCUGUGCCGCUUGUUACUCAGGAUGGAUGGAACGCUCCUCUCUCUGUCCAACUUGCCGCUGUCCGGUGGAACGUAUCUGUAAAAACCAUAUUUUGAACAAUUUGGUGGAAGCUUACCUCAUCCAGCACCCAGAUAAGUGUCGCAGUGAAGAAGAUGUGCGAAGCAUGGAUGCCCGGAACAAAAUCACUCAAGACAUGCUUCAGCCAAAGGUGCGGAGGUCCUUUUCGGAUGAAGAAGGAAGUUCUGAAGAUCUGCUGGAACUGUCUGACGUAGAUAGCGAAUCCUCUGAUAUUAGUCAGCCAUACAUUGUGUGUCGACAGUGUCCGGGGUAUCAUCGGCAACCCGUUACGGCCAUUGCCUCCCCGGGCCUGGAAGGAGAAGCGGAAGCCCGGCCGUCCUUGGGGGAUGCACCAUCUACCUCUGCCAACUUUCCAACAGCUGUCCAGGAGUACGUGUGUCCUUCUCAAGGAAGCCAUGUGAUAUGCACUUGCUGUUUCCAGCCAAUGCCAGACCGCAGAGCAGAGCGUGAACAGAAUCCACAUAUCGCCCCCCAGCAAUGCACCAUCUGUCUCCAACCCUUCUGUCACUUGUACUGGGGUUGCACUCGAGUGGCAUGUUUUGGUUGCUUGGCACCGUUCUGUGAAAUAAAUCUUGGUGACAAGUGUUUAGAUGGUGUCCUUAAUGGCAAUAACUAUGAAUCGGAUAUUCUAAAGGAUUACCUGGCAUCCAGGGGUUUAACAUGGAAAAAUAUGUUAAAUGAAAGUCUCCUAGCUCUUCAAAGAGGAGUUUUUAUUUUACCAGAUUACCGCAUUACUGGAGAAACUGUUCUCUGUUACUGUUGUGGCCUCCGCAGCUUCCGAGAGCUCGCUUAUCAGUAUAGGCAGAAUAUUCCUGUUGCUGAAUUGCCAGUAGCUGUCACGUCACGCCCUGAUUGCUAUUGGGGGCGCAAUUGCCGGACUCAGGUCAAAGCUCACCAUGCAAUGAAAUUCAAUCACAUCUGUGAACAAACACGAUUCAAAAACUGAAGGUGUUUUUUGAGGAAUUUAACUGGCCUGAAUACUCGCAGCCUAUAAGAAAGGAGGGGGAAAUUAAAUCUGCAAUACUGACCGUACAGUUAUUGUUUCAUUGUUCCCUCAUAGCAGGGAGUUGGUAACUCUUUUACAUCAGAUGCUCUGGUGUAUAUUUUUGAUUUGUAAAACAUUUUUCACAGUGUACGAGCAGGUCAGUGUCUUUUUUUUUCCUUUUCCUUCAAUAGACGGUGUGGAACAAGCAAUUCAUUCACGACUUGUCUGCCCCUGCUUCAUCAUGUUUUUGACUUAAUGACAUCAUCAUUGGACUAAAGGAUUCUAAUGGCAUUGAAUAAAGUAGGGGGAGUCUA